UUCUGCAUAUCCCACAAAACCCCGCGUUGCUAUUUCCUUUUUCUUUUUCAGCCAUUUUCCGCUUCGGACGGAGUGAACAGUCAUGGCUCCCAGCCGGAAUGGCAUGCUUUUGAACCCCCACUUUCAUAAAGACUGGCAGAGGAGAGUGCGUACCUGGUUCAACCAGCCUGCCAGAAAGCUCCGCAGGCGCAAGGCUCGUCUAGUGAAGGCUCGUCGCAUUGCUCCGAGACCAGUGUGUGGACCUCUGCGGCCAGCGGUCAGGUGUCCAACCAUCCGGUACCACACCAAGGUCCGUGCCGGACGUGGUUUCACCCUGGAAGAGUUGAAGGCAGCAGGAAUCAACAAAAAGGUUGCCCGCACCAUUGGCAUCGCCGUCGACCCUCGUCGCCGUAACAGAUCCACAGAGUCCCUGCAGGCUAAUGUACAGAGACUGAAGGAGUACCGCUCCAAACUCAUCCUCUUCCCUAAGAAGGCUGCUGCACCCAAGAAGGGAGACAGCACUGAGGAGGAGCUCAAGAUGGCCACACAGCUUACUGGACCCGUCAUGCCCAUCCGAAACGUGUACAAGAAAGAGAAGGCCCGCGUGAUCUCAGAGGACGAGAAGAACUUCAAGGCCUUCCCCAGCCUGCGUAUGGCCCGUGCCAAUGCUCGUCUCUUUGGCAUUCGUGCCAAGAGAGCAAAGGAGGCAGCAGAGCAGGAUGUAGAAAAGAAGAAAUAAA